UGGGGUUGGUGUCGAAGCCCUUUUCCAAUCUGGCAACGCUGGUUGGUGGUGGCGGCGCAGAUGGCUUCAUCUUCUGCAAGAGUUAUUCAGGCUGUCAAGCCCCACAACCCGCUGAUAAAAUUUCGCGCGGGCAGCGCAAGGACCGAGAGAGUUCUCACAGGGCCGACGCAGACCACCACUUCGUCAGCGGCGAUGAAGGCCACGAGUAGCUCCGCUCCCGCAGAAUCCAAACCGGUGGGCUCUCUGCCACGCGGAUCUGGCAUCGACGAAUCUCAACUACCUGCCCGGUACGCCAGGAAACCGCUGUCCCAAUAUGAAGGCGACUACAUACAGAGAGGCGGCCCCGAGUAACAAACAUCCCUGCAUAGCUGCUGUAAAUAAGAAACGCUCAAAAGGCAUUCUUUGAAGCCCAUAUUGAAGAGACCUACUUUAUAGCAACAAUAGUGAAUGGAGGGAUGGACCAUGACAAGCAUGGAAAGGAUGCACCAAUGCAAUUAUUUAUUUAACAAAAGGCAAGCAGCCCUGAAGGCCUCAUGUUGGAUGUGUCGUGAAGGCGGCUGCUACACUCUGCAAGUGCCCAGUGCAUUCCCAUGCAAUUAAAUAUGUUUGUUCUUGUUGUGGUUAA